UGGCCGCUCCGCCCUCCCAAUAGCGAGGGGAGGGGGUGACAUUGGGCGCUCGGCGGCGGGGGCCAGAGCGGAGCGGAGCGAUGUUGGCGAGGCUGAGCCGCUCGGCCGGGGCCCUGCGGAGCGGGACGAUGGCGAUGGCAGCACGGCGGCACGCGGGGCACGCCGCGCCGCGAUACCGCCAGUUCCCGGAGGUGACGCGGCGGCAGGUGGUGCUGAGCGAGUUAAUCAGCGGCUUCAUGUGGUUCUGGAUCCUCUGGCACUUCUGGCAUUCGCCGGACACUCUGCUGGGCCAUUUCCCGUACCCAGAUCCCGCAGCCUGGACCGACGAGGAGCUGGGCAUCCCCCCUGAUGACGAAGAGUAGCCGGGGGCAGCCAGAGCAGGCAAGGCCCCUUGGUGAGGAAUCUCAGAAGCUGACAGUUUUGCUCUUGCAUUACCGUUUCAGUAAACUAUAACUAUAAAUAAAAUUAAAUUUUAAAUGUA